AUGGAUAAACUAAAAAACCUCAUUGUUGAUGAUGACAUUGACGAACAGGAUAAACUUAAAACUAGAAUGCUCAUACAGGGAAAAACGUUAAAACGGAAGCCAUCAUUUGCACUUGAUCCUAAUGCCGCCAAAGACGUUCAAAAUGCUUUGAACUCAAGACAAGAUUUCAAUAAUUCCAGCGGUCUUAGUUCUUUGGCAGAUUUAUCAUUAACUGGGGGAGAAGGACAAACAGACAGUAGGAGCCGGGGAUCUGGGCUUCCAUUGACGCCCCAGAACAGUGUUGACCUUAGUGAAGCCGCUUCUAAUAAAGCAUCGACGAGUUCACCAACGAAAAACGAAACUCUUCUGGAGAUCAGUGACGACGAGAGCGACAUCGAUGACGCAGAUGCACAAUUCUUAGACGACCCAAUUUUAAAACAAUACAAGAACUCUUUCAAACACAUCGGAAACGAUCCAGAUAACGUGCCGAUUUUCAUGCUGACGGCUCGAGAUUUGCCAAGCGAGAAAUUGAUAAAUUACGAAGACAUUAGUAAUCGUCUCGCGGAUUACGCGCAAGAGCAGCUGGCCACCUUCGACAACCCGAACUACACCAUCUAUUUUGUGGCUGGCAUGGCGAAGGGCGAGCAUUUACCCUCCGCGAAAACGUGUGAGCGAUUGCGACUUCGAUGGACAUCCAAGAAAACUCUUAAAAAAUUCUUUUUCAUUCAUCUUGGAGUGAAGAACAACAUUUACAUAAGCAGAAUAAUGGCGAGUCUGAGCGACGAGACGAAGAGUAAAUUGAUAAAAUGCACUAAAACGAAAUCGCUGGAGAAAUACGGGCAUAAUAGCAAAAUUCACCUGCCGGUCGACCUCGCCAACUUCGAUAAAAAUGUAUAG